CGAUAAGAAAAGCGGUAUCCAUCUCAACCCAUCAUCUGUUUACAACCCCGCCAUGACUGCUACUGAUUCACAUUUGACUACCAAUCAUUGAUUCUCCUUAUCAUAAUCAAUUUCCUUGGUACUACACGACAGUCCAUUCACCAAUUUCUAGCCGAAUCAGCCCGCAACAACUCACCACAAAAACAACGCACCCAGUGAUCCAGAACCAAAACGAAAGGAGAGGAGGAAAGGAAAGGCAAAGAAAGGAAAUAUAAGAUAUAAUGCCCCUCUACGCAUUCGGCUCCAACGGCUCCGGUCAACUCGGUAUCGGUCAUAUUGAAGAUGUGUCCACGCCUACGAAAUGUCUCUUCGAUGAUAUCGCACCACCAGCAUCGGAGAUCACUCGCAUUGCGGCAGGUGGGAAUCAUACUCUGGUGUUAUUCUCUGAUGGACGGGUCUAUGCUACGGGGAUGAGUGUGGAUGGAAGGUGUGGUGUGGUCCCUGGUGAUGGUGAUGGUGGUGAUGGUGGUGAUGAUGGUAUAGUGAUGAGGUUCCGGCAGGUGGUUGUGGAUGGGGUGCAGCGGUUUAGGGAUGUUUCUGCUACGUGGGAGGCGUCGUUUUUGGUUUCGGGGGAGGGGGAAGGGGAGGGGAGGAGGGUGUUUGUUUUUGGGUCGGGAGGGAAGGGAGAGUUGGGGCUUGGGAAGGAGGUUGCUAUUUGUAAGGGCGGUGGUGGUGGUGAUGUGGAGCAGAUUUGGUUUGGGGACAAGGUGGUGGGGAUUGCGAGUGGCAUGGGACAUACGGUUGUGGUGCUUGAGAAUGGGGAAGUGUGUGGGUGGGGAGCGGCCAGGAAAGGGCAGCUGGGGCAGGCGAGGAAGGGGGAUAAGGUGGUUUGGGAGCCUGUGAGGAUUGGUGAGGUCGGGUUUCGGGCGACGGGGGCGGCGUGUGGGAGGGAGUUCACGGUGGUGGUUGGGGAUAGGGAAAAGGGGGAGUUUGUUGUGUUUGGGUCCGCGGAUGAUAGGUGGGGAGUUUUGGCGGGGAGUGUGAUUCCUGCGCCGGUGGGGUGUAGGAGUAUAGAGGCUAGUUGGCAUGGGAUUUAUGUACAUUGUCAGGAUGGGGAGGUUGUCGCCUGGGGGAGAAAUGAUCGCGGGCAGCUGCCCCCGCGGGAGAUGGGGAGGGUAACGGAUUUGGCGGUUGGUAGUGAGCAUGUGCUUGCGACAAUUGAUGAGCAGACGGUUGUGGCUUGUGGGUGGGGUGAGCAUGGUAACUGUGGACCGGUCACGGAUGCUCAGGGUAAUGUGAAGGGGAUAUGCAGCCCAAUUCCUCUGCCGGAAGAGGUGUCGAGUGUUGUUGGCAUCGGCGCGGGUUGUGCAACUAGCUGGGUGAUCACUCGUGACUAAGGAUUGUGACUGUAAUUGCGCCGGCGGGGACGGGAUUCGCCCUGAGGGUGAGUUUCCUGUGCUGGUGUUGUGCUCAGGGAAAGUUUGGCCAUUCAGUCGAAGAGACCAAGGCCGUGCAGCUGCGGUUUGUUAGCUCGAGCAUCAGAUGAGAACGC